AAUGGAGUCCAAUUCUCUUUUAUCCGCCGUGUGAUCCCCUUCGUUACAUGUUUCUCCAUUUUCUGUCCAAGACGAUGGCCCGUUUCUUGGCCGACGUUAUCAACUGAACUUUGCUGCGUGCUUAUUGCCUACUACAUCACCCACACACGAUUUUCCCAACUUGUCAUUUUAUAGGCCUACCGUAUUACAUUUACCAACGUGGACUAAUCCCAAUCGUUUUCCCAGUAAUAAAUCAUGGAGAAUCAGCAUCACUUGAGUGGUGGGAGUGUCAAUGUCAUGCCGAAUCACGGUGAGGAAGAUAGUCGCCAGCAUCCGCAGCGGGUCUCUCGCUUCAGCAUCCAGCGUCUGGACACGAGGGACAUGAUGGUGGCCAAUAACGUGCCGAGACGCCGGGCGUCGGUCAAUCACGGCCAGCAGCAAUCGAACAACGGCAGCAGCCGUUCCGAAUUCGUCGCUUCCUCCUACAUCACGAUGGACGACAUCAAUUUGUCUCAACCUGUUCGUCCGUCGGCCAACGGACGCAGCGCAAGCGUUCGUGAACACGCCAAAGGAGUUGGUCUGCUACCGGCCGUCCUUGACCAGAACCGAUACGGAAAUGCUUUGAAAGCUCAUCUCCGCGACAGCGUCCGCACCAAUCGACCCCUGCGACAUCAUUUGAGUCGCGAGACUUUGCCAUCGUUGGACAACUAUCAAGCGCACUCUGUGGCCAAUCGUGCCACACUCGAGGAGCUGCGUCUCGGUGCCGAUCAUCAACAAGGCAUUCAAAAGGGUGGGAAUUCCGGACAAGUGCCGGCGGUUGGUGGUCUUAAAUUCGGCUGGAUCCAAGGCGUGUUCAUCCGAUGCUUGCUCAACAUUUGGGGUGUCAUGCUUUUCCUUCGACUGUCUUGGGUCGUUGCCGAGGCCGGAAUCGGCCAGGCCAUUUUGAUUGUGUUGCUGGCCACGGCCGUCACUUCUCUAACAGCUCUGUCCAUGUCGGCCAUCAGUACAAACGGGCAAAUUAAAGGAGGAGGCACGUAUUACAUGAUAUCCCGCUCCCUUGGUCCGGAAUUCGGGGCGGCCAUCGGCAUCAUUUUCGCAUUGGCCAACGCUGUGGCCGUCUCACUUCACACGGUCGGCUUUUGCGAGGCGCUCAACGACAUGCUCGAAGAGCUGGGCGUCCAAAUUGUUGAUGGCGAUCUAAAUGACAUCCGUAUCGUUGGAUCCGUCACGCUGGUUGUCCUGGCAAUGAUCGUCGGCAUUGGAAUGGAAUGGGAAGCUAAGGCUCAGUUACUUUUCAUGGGCAUUUUGAUGGUGGCGUUGGCCAACUUUAUCCUGGGAAGCUUCUUGGGACCGUCUGACAUUGACAAAUUCUCCAAAGGAUUCGUCGGUUACGAUUUCGAAUUGUUGACAUCCAACUUUUAUUCCGACUACCGUGUUUUCGACGGAUUCCAACAAAAUUUUUUCUCCGUUUUCUCCAUUUUCUUCCCGGCAGCCACAGGAAUCCUGGCCGGAGCCAACAUCUCCGGUGAUUUGAAGGACCCCUCAGUGGCAAUCCCCAAAGGAACUUUAUUGGCUAUUGCCGUCACAUCCGUUUCUUACAUCAUUUUCGCCAUCAUUGCCGGAGCAACUGUACUCCGCGACGCCACCGGAAUCCCAUCCAACUACAACAACACAGUGGCUACAAUCAACGAUUACAUCGAAAUCUGCGCCGAGCAGGAUUGCGAGUGGGGAUUGCACAACAGUUUCCAAGUAAUGACGUUAGUCUCGGCUUUCGGACCCCUGAAUUAUGCGGGAUGUUUUGCCGCGACCCUCAGUUCGGCGCUGGCCUGCUUCGUCUCGGCUCCGAAAGUCUUCCAGGCUCUAUGUCAAGAUCGACUCUUUCCCCAUUUGCAAUAUUUCGCUAAAGGUUACGGCAAGACUCAAGAACCCCUACGUGCUUACAUCCUGACUUUCCUCAUCGCUUUGGCUUGCGUUCUCAUCGCCCAGCUCAACAUUAUUGCUCCUCUGAUCACAAAUUGUUAUUUGGCAUCUUACGCUCUCGUCAACUUCUCCACCUUUCACAUCGAUCUGAUCCAGCCGGUCGGCUGGCGCCCUACUUUCCGCUAUUACAACAAAUGGCUGAGUUUAUUAGGUUGCGGACUUUCUGUUUCGGCCAUGUUCUUGUGCAGUUGGCCGACAGCUCUGGUGACAUCCACCGUGGUUAUGACCCUGUUUCUUAUAGUCAAGUAUCGUAAACCAGACGUCAAUUGGGGUUCGUCGGGACAAGCGCAGGUGUACAAAACAGCGCUGAUCACUGUUCAGCAGCUGAGUAACAUUGAGGAACACGUGAAAACGUACACGCCACAAAUUCUCGUCAUGACCGGAUUACCAAACAUGCGACCAUCUCUCGUCGACUUUGCUUACCUUCUCUGCAAGAAUAAUUCUUUGAUGGUUUGCGGCGACAUCGUUAAGGAGAGGCAGAGCCACAAACAACGUUCCCAGCGGAUCAACAAAUCGUCUCACUGGCUCCGGGCUCACAAGACGAAAUCUUUUUAUUCAUUGAUGGACAAUAUUUCAUUCCCCAACGGAGUCGGAGCCUUGUUGCAGGCCACUGGAGUUGGUAAAAUGAAGCCCAACAUUCUUCUACUCGGCUACCAAAGCGAAUGGCGCACUCACCGAAACAACGAAAUUGACGAUUACUGCGCUGCCAUCAAUACUGCACUGGAGAUGCACGUCGCCGUAGCGGUGCUCCGCGUUCAGGAAGGGCUCGAUUACACUGGCAUUAUUGGUGAUUUCGACAGCAUGGAGGAUUUCAGCACUGGGAAACUAAAGUCGGAAGGAAUCGACAAUCCGCAAUACACAAAUACUAUGGAAGGCAGCAUUGCCUCCUCAAAUGCGACACCAUUCACCAUUUCCGGAAGUGUGAACAGCUCCUUGUCCGAAUUUACACUGGACGAAACUCGAGGUGGGAAAAUCAGACGGAACAAAAUUCAAUUGUCGUCAAUGGAAAGCAGUGUGACCAACAUCACCUCUGUCUCCAGUUCCUCCGCAGAGCAGAGGCAUAUGAAAAAGUCUCGAGUUUUGUUCAGGGAUCCACAAGGCAAUGAAUUGCCUGCCGAAGUGCAAAACAGCAUUUGCCGCUUCCGUGUCAAACAGAAGCGCGGCACCAUCGACGUUUGGUGGCUCUACGAUGACGGCGGCCUCUCUAUGCUGUUGCCCCACAUCUUGACGACGCGUUCCAAUUGGGCCAACUCCAAAUUGCGCGUUUUCUGUCUGGCCGAUACCAACGAGGAACAGCGUAGCAAACAGGAAAGUAUGAGACUCUUGUUGGGUAAAUUCCGCAUACCCGUUUCGGAUGUGGUUGUCAUUCCUGAUAUGACAUAUCCACCCUCCGCCCCAACCAAGUCCUGGUUCGACGCCCUGACUCGCGAUUUCGUCCGCAAGGACGACGAUCCGAGCAUUCUAGAUUCCAGUGUCCCAGUGAUUAAAGAAUCGGAACUGAUGGCUCAGAAGCCGAAAACGUUCAACUUCAUGAGACUGAGGGAGUUGCUGCUUGAGAACUCAACCAAUGCAAAUCUCGUCGUAAUGACGCUGCCCAUAUCGCGGAAAGGAACAGUCAGUGGCCCGCUCUACAUGAGCUGGCUGGAAACACUGACGGCAAAUAUGCCACCCUUCCUCCUCGUCCGUGGCAACCAAGCAUCCGUCCUCACUUUUUAUUCUUAAAUUAUCAAAAAUUCAUUGGGAAAAUCUUCAAGAGUCUAUCAAGUAAAUAAGCAGAAAGGAUAUAUGCGAGACAGCGAGAGGCAGCUGCAAUUCUUGGUAGGGUAUAAUAUAUCUAGCAUUCUUCUUGUCGGUGAACUAGGACGAAUUGCAUUUUUUUCAUAUUUAUCCGAACAGAUAUAUCAUAUUUAUCAUUCACAUUAUAUCAUUCUCAUUUAGUGUAAACUACCCAUAAUACAACUUUUAAUUGCU